UGGCAAGUUAAGAUUAUUUGGGCAAGUAACAUAGUCAAUGAUCUUUUUUUAAAAGGUUUCUUCUUGGGAAAGAAAAAUGAGAACCCUAAAGGAAAUAAAAAAAGAAAGAAAGAACACGAUCAAUUUAGGAUUUAUUUUGGUGCAGAAACAAGAAAACUUGUGGCGAAGAGCUAAUAAAUAGAUUCAGAGGAGAAAUAGAGAGAGACAGAGAGCGAGGGACAAAAAAAAAUCGAUUGAUAAUUUUUUUCGGCAGAGUCGAGAAAAUUUUGAUAUAUUAAUAUCCGUAAUUCCUUAAAAAGCCUCCUCUUCGUCUUCUUCUUCUUCUCCUCCCCAGUUUCGCAUCAUUCUCUUCGAUAACCGCCACAUCCUCUGAAACCCUAAUCUGGAGAAUCGCCGCCUUCUCCAGAAAAUAUCUAUUUCUAUACCUUGUUCGUUUGAUUUCCAGAUACUGAUGAAACCGGAUCGGAUCUUUCUCUAGAUCCGUUCUAGGUUUAUCGAUUUCUUUCUAUCAAUCUCUCGCAUCCGGAUGCUUUUUGCAAGUUCUUGAAGCGGAUUCAUCAUAAAUCGACAGAGAAAUGUCGCAGGCUCCGAAUCCAGAAGAAGAAGACGACACGAUUGAAAUCCGCGAGGUCUGGAACCAUAACCUUGAACAAGAGAUGGCUCUGAUUGAACAAUCCAUCGACGAUUUCCCUUACGUAGCCAUGGACACAGAGUUCCCAGGAAUCGUUUGCAAGACAGUAACGGCGAAUCCAAACCCAAACCCAUACUCUAUACACUACGAAUACAACUACGAUACCUUGAAGGCGAACGUGAAUAUGCUCAAGUUGAUUCAGCUCGGUCUCACCUUAUCAGAUGAGAAAGGAAACUUACCAACCUGUGGAACCAACAAGCAAUGCAUCUGGCAAUUCAAUUUCAGAGAAUUCAAUGUCAUAUCCGACAUGUUCGCCUUGGAUUCCAUCGAACUCCUCCGUAAGUCAGCCAUCGAUUUGGAGAAGAACAACGAAUGCGGUGUAGACGCAAAGAGAUUCGCAGAGCUUCUAAUGGGUUCAGGAGUAGUGCUAAACGAUAAGAUACAUUGGGUGACAUUCCAUUGCGGAUACGAUUUUGGGUACUUGCUGAAACUCUUGUCAGGGAAAGAAUUGCCGGAGGAGAUAUCGGACUUCUUUGAUCAGAUGGAGAAGUUUUUCCCGGUAGUGUAUGAUAUCAAAUACUUGAUGGGAUUCUGUACUAACCUCUAUGGAGGUCUGGAGAAAAUAGCGGAGUUACUUGGUGUUAAACGAGUUGGGAUUUCUCACCAGGCUGGAUCAGAUAGCUUGUUAACGUUGCGUACUUUCAUCAAGAUGAAAGAGUUCUUCUUCACUGGUUCCUUGCUCAAGUAUUCUGGUUUUUUGUUUGGAUUAGAUAAUCCUCGGUUGCUCACUGGAUCCAAAAAUUAAAAUUGAAAAAAAAAAUAAAAAAAAUGAAAAAAUUUAAAACUGUUUUUUGGUGUCUUUUUGGUUAGGCUGCUUUUAGGCUAUGUGGAAUUACAAAAUAGGUGUUAAGAGCGUAUAUGAUGCACAAGAAUUUAGUCACUAAAAAGGUUAUUCCAUGAUCUUAUUAGGUGAAGAAGAAUUGUAGAAAUGAAAUCAUGUAUUUAACAUUUGGUUUAGUGAGUUUGAUUGUUAUGGUGAAAUGAUUCUGCAGUUUUCUUAUUAUCGAUGAUACCAUUUCGUGGAAUUGCGUUUUAUAUUUCGCAAAACUAUUGACAAUAACAAACAAAUUUC